AUGUCCAACCAAAGACAGGCCUCAUCAGCCUCCCAAGUCCCCCACCUCUCCCCCGCCGAACUCUCCUACCUCUACAGCUCCCUCUCACUCCCCAAAACACCCAUCCGCCCAGACGGCCGCUCACCAACGCAAUUCCGGCCCUUAACCGCCGAAACAAAUAUCCUGCCCGGCACGAACGGCAGCGCGCGCAUCGGUUUCGCAGACGGGACGCAGGCUAUCGUCGGCGUCAAGGCUGAAGUCGAGAAGACGGUCCUAGCGAACGAGACGCUUGCGCGGAAUGAUGGGGGCGCGGGUCUAGAUCGCGGCGAGCAGGAGGGGUCUGCUGCUGUUGGGGGCCAUGGGUCGUGGGUGCAGAUGUCGAUUGAGAUUCCUGGGUUUAGAGAUGACGAUGCGCUGCCGGUGUUCUUGUCUGAGAUGAUGCGGGAGAGUCUUGUGGGUGCUGUUGGGACGCGGGAGGCGAGUGAUAUGGCUGGCGGGCUUAAGGAGCGGCUGGUCAUUAAUAAACGGUGGCAUUGGCGGUUGUACAUUGAUGUUCUUCUUCUCUCGCAACCUCUUGCAUAUCCUCUUCCUCUUCUCUCGCUGACUACACAUCUUGCUCUUUUGUCUACGAAACUUCCCAAGCGCAAGUCUCAAGGCGAGGAGGAUCCGUUUUUCGACGAUGACUGGGCUGUGGCCGAGUAUCUCUAUCCACGACCGUCUCUUUCUUCGGGGAAAACGAACUCGACCGGGUCAUCGUUCGUUCGUCCACCUGUGACGCUGCUCGUUAUUUCCGUCGGCGAGAACAUCAUCUUUGAUCCCAAUCGGGAGGAAAUUGCCGUUGCGGACGCUGUGCUGGCUAUCUCUAUUACGCGCGAUAGCGAGGCGGGUACCUUGAAGCUGCUUUCCAUUCGCACGGUUGACCCUCCAUCUCGAUUGACUCAGCCGGGUGUGCCUAACUCGGAGAAUGUGAGCAUGCUGGGUGCCGUAGCGCCUACUGAAGACGUGGCUGUUUUGAAUCCCGCUACGGGUGAGGAGGAGGUUCCUGGUGUGUGGCGGCCGCGCCGGGGAGGUGUUAAGCGCAGUGUUAUUGCGGAGAUGGUCAAGACGGCGUUGAAAAAGGGCGGUGUUGGUGAAGAAGUCUUGGAAGGUUUGGAGGGUGUGGAGGUGUCAUGA